GGCGCGCAGGGCUGGGCCGCGCCGCCGCCGUGCCUGAGCGCCCCACCGCCCCGGCUCAGCUCGCGGCGCCCACGCCCGCACCCAACCUGGCCCGGCGGCUGCGGAGCUCACGGGGCAGGAGCGCAGGGGCCCGCCCAGGCGCGGAGACCGCGCGGAGGUAGCGCCGCGCCGCCCGCCAGGCCCUAGAGCCGCAGCGUCGCCGCUCGCCGGCCGGCACGGCCCGGAGGCCCGAGCCAUGGAAUCGGAGGAGGAGCAGCACAUGACCACGCUGCUGUGCAUGGGCUUCUCGGACCCCGCCACCAUCCGCAAGGCCCUGCGCCUGGCCAAGAACGACAUCAACGAGGCCGUGGCGCUGCUCACCAACGAGCGGCCGGGCCUCGACUACGGCGGCUACGAGCCGAUGGACAGCGGCGGCGGCCCCAGCCCCGGCGGGGGCCCCCGGGGCGACGGCGGCGGGGACGGCGGCGGCGGCGGCCCCUCCCGCGGCGGGAGCACCGGCGGCGGGGGCGGUUUCGACCCCCCGCCCGCCUACCACGAGGUGGUGGACGCGGAGAAGAAUGAUGAAAAUGGAAACUGCUCAGGGGAAGGAAUUGAAUUCCCUACAACAAAUUUGUAUGAAUUGGAAAGCCGUGUUCUGACUGAUCACUGGUCCAUCCCCUACAAGCGGGAAGAAUCUCUAGGCAAAUGCCUGUUGGCUUCCACCUACCUGGCAAGACUCGGUCUUUGUGAAUCUGAUGAAAAUUGCAAACGAUUUAUGGACAGAUGUAUGCCUGAAGCAUUUAAAAAGCUCCUGACCUCAAGUGCUGUUCACAAGUGGGGGACUGAAAUUCAUGAAGGAAUCUACAACAUGCUGAUGCUAUUAAUAGAACUGGUUGCAGAGAGAAUAAAGCAAGAUCCAAUUCCCAUUGGUCUCUUGGGUGUACUUACAAUGGCUUUCAAUCCUGAUAAUGAAUACCAUUUUAAAAACAGAAUGAAAGUGUCUCAGAGGAAUUGGGCAGAAGUGUUUGGAGAGGGAAAUAUGUUUGCUGUUUCACCUGUAUCUACUUUCCAAAAGGAGCCACACGGAUGGGUUGUGGAUUUGGUCAAUAAGUUUGGGGAAUUAGGAGGAUUUGCAGCAAUCCAAGCCAAGCUCCAUUCAGAAGACAUAGAACUUGGGGCCGUCUCAGCCCUGGUGCAGCCCUUAGGAGUGUGCGCAGAGUACCUGAAUCCCUCUGUGGUGCAGCCCAUGCUAGACCCAGUCAUUCUAACCACGAUCCAGGAUGUGCGGAGUGUGGAGGAGAAGGACCUCAAGGACAAGAGAUUGGUUAGCAUCCCUGAGCUCUUGUCUGCCAUUAAGUUACUCUGCAUGCGCUUCCAACCGGACCUGGUGACGGCCGUGGAUGAGCUGCGGCUGGACAUCCUGCUGCGCAUGCUGAAGUCGCCACACUUCAGUGCUAAGAUGAAUUCCCUCAAGGAGGUAACCAAACUAAUAGAAGAUAGUACUUUAUCCAAAUCUGUGAAGAAUGCUAUAGAUACAGACAGAUUAUUAGAUUGGCUCGUUGAAAACUCAGUUCUGUCAAUUGCACUGGAAGGCAACAUAGACCAAGCCCAAUACUGUGAUCGUAUAAAGGGAAUCAUUGAACUCUUGGGCAGCAAAUUGUCUUUAGAUGAACUCACUAAAAUUUGGAAGAUACAGUCUGGACAAUCGUCUACCGUAAUUGAGAACAUUCAUACAAUCAUUGCUGCGGCAGCUGUGAAGUUUAAUUCCGAUCAGCUUAAUCAUUUAUUUGUUCUUAUUCAAAAGAGCUGGGAGACAGAGAGCGACAGGGUAAGGCAGAAGCUGUUGAGCCUGAUUGGACGAAUAGGCCGGGAAGCUCGCUUUGAGACCACUUCUGGAAAGGUGUUAGAUGUGCUCUGGGAACUGGCUCAUCUUCCCACCCUGCCCAGUAGCCUUAUUCAGCAAGCCCUGGAGGAGCACCUGACAAUCCUGAGCGAUGCAUACGCAGUCAAAGAAGCAAUCAAGCGGAGCUACAUCAUUAAGUGCAUAGAAGAUAUUAAACGGCCUGGAGAAUGGUCAGGUUUGGAAAAAAACAAGAAGGAUGGAUUCAAGCAAGGUGGGCUGACUGGGGAUUAUGUCUCCCUGCCAGGCUACACAGAAACUAAGCAAAGGUCAUCUCAGCUUAAUAAUCCCCAGUUUGUAUGGGUGGUACCAGCUUUGCGUCAACUCCAUGAAAUCACCCGCUCAUUCAUAAAACAAACCUAUCAAAAGCAAGACAAGAGCAUUAUUCAAGAUUUGAAGAAAAAUUUUGAAAUAGUGAAAUUGGUAACGGGAAGUUUGCUAGCUUGUCACCGACUCGCAGCUGCUGUGGCCGGGCCUGGGGGCUUAACUGGCUCAACGCUGGUGGAUGGCCGGUACACUUACCGGGAGUAUUUAGAGGCACAUCUAAAAUUUCUGGCAUUUUUCUUGCAAGAAGCUACUCUUUAUCUCGGUUGGAAUCGUGCCAAGGAAAUCUGGGAGUGUCUUGUGACCGGCCAGGAUGUCUGUGAAUUAGAUAGAGAGGUGUGUUUUGAGUGGUUCACCAAGGGGCAGCAUGAUCUUGAGAGUGAUGUUCAGCAGCAGCUCUUCAAGGAGAAAAUUCUGAAGUUGGAGUCAUAUGAAAUCACCAUGAAUGGUUUUAACUUAUUUAAGACUUUUUUUGAAAACGUGAAUCUCUGUGAUCAUCGUUUAAAAAGACAAGGAGCUCAGUUGUAUGUAGAAAAACUGGAAUUGAUAGGAAUGGAUUUCAUUUGGAAGAUAGCCAUGGAAUCACCUGAUGAAGAAAUUGCUAAUGAAGCCAUUCAGUUAAUCAUAAGCUAUAGUUACAUUAAUCUCAAUCCGAGGUUGAAGAAGGAUUCAGUAUCUUUACAUAAGAAAUUUAUUGCUGAUUGCUAUACAAGAUUAGAAGCAGCAAGCUCAGCACUUGGCGGCCCCACUCUAACACAUGCUGUGACUAGAGCCACAAAAAUGCUUACGGCAACUGCCAUGCCAACUGUAGCAACGUCCGUUCAGUCUCCAUAUAGAUCCACUAAACUUGUAAUAAUUGAGAGAUUGCUGCUUCUGGCAGAACGCUAUGUGAUCACUAUAGAGGACUUUUACUCUGUCCCACGAACUAUUCUACCUCAUGGUGCCUCGUUUCAUGGACAUCUUUUAACUCUUAAUGUUACCUAUGAGUCUACCAAAGAUACCUUCACUGUAGAGGCUCACAGUAACGAAACCAUAGGGAGUGUCCGGUGGAAGAUUGCCAAGCAGUUGUGCUCUCCUGUGGAUAAUAUACAGAUAUUUACAAAUGAUAGCCUGCUGACGGUGAAUAAAGACCAGAAGUUGCUCCACCAGCUGGGCUUUUCUGAUGAGCAGGUCCUGACGGUGAAGACCUCGGGCAGCGGCACGCCCUCCGGGAGCUCAGCAGAUUCCUCCUCCAGCUCCAGCAGCAGCAGCAGUGGCGUUUUCAGUUCAUCAUACGCCAUGGAGCAGGAGAAGUCUCUCCCUGGUGUCGUGAUGGCUCUCGUGUGUAACGUCUUUGACAUGCUUUACCAGCUUGCCAACCUAGAAGAGCCAAGGAUAACUCUACGAGUACGAAAGCUUCUGCUGUUGAUACCCACUGACCCAGCCAUUCAGGAAGCCCUUGAUCAGCUCGAUUCUUUAGGAAGAAAGAAAACACUGCUGUCUGAAUCAAGUUCUCAGUCUUCCAAGUCUCCGUCCCUCUCUUCAAAGCAGCAGCAUCAGCCAAGUGCCAGCUCCAUUUUAGAAAGUCUGUUUCGAUCUUUUGCCCCAGGAAUGUCCACCUUCAGAGUGCUCUACAACUUAGAAGUUUUAAGCUCCAAACUCAUGCCAACAGCGGAUGAUGACAUGGCGAGAAGCUGUGCAAAAUCCUUCUGUGAAAACUUCCUCAAAGCAGGAGGCUUGAGUUUGGUUGUCAAUGUCAUGCAGAGGGACUCCAUUCCAUCAGAAGUAGACUAUGAAACAAGACAGGGCGUUUAUUCCAUCUGUCUGCAGCUUGCAAGAUUUUUGUUGGUUGGACAAACAAUGCCCACGAUGCUAGAUGAAGACCUCGCUAAAGAUGGCAUCGAAGCACUUUCUUCCCGCCCGUUCCGCAAUGUCAGCCGGCAGACCAGCAGACAGAUGUCCUUGUGCGGCACCCCAGAGAAAUCAUCCUACCGACAGCUGUCAGUGUCCGACAGGUCUUCCAUCAGGGUGGAGGAAAUCAUCCCCGCUGCUCGAGUGGCAAUACAGACAAUGGAAGUGAGCGACUUCACCUCCACUGUGGCUUGUUUCAUGAGACUGUCAUGGGCUGCGGCUGCUGGGCGGCUUGACCUCGUCGGGAGUAGCCAGCCAAUUAAAGAAAGUAAUUCUCUGUUUCCUGCUGGAAUUCGAAACAGACUCAGCAGCUCAGGCAGCAAUUGCAGCUCUGGGAGUGAAGGGGAGCCUGCAGCCCUGCAUGCUGGCAUCUGCGUGCGGCAGCAGUCCGUGUCCACCAAAGAUGCACUGAUUGCUGGUGAAGCCCUGUCCCUGCUGGUUACGUGCCUGCAGCUCCGGAGCCAGCAGCUGGCAUCUUUCUAUACCUUGCCCUGUGUUGCUGAUUUUAUCAUCGAUAUUUUGCUGGGAUCGCCAAGUGCUGAAAUUCGCCGGGUUGCCUGUGAUCAGCUGUACACUCUGAGCCAGACGGACACUUCUGUUCACCCAGACGUGCAGAAGCCAAAUCAGUUUCUCCUGGGUGUCAUUCUCACAGCUCAGCUGCCUCUCUGGUCCCCAACCAGUAUAAUGAGAGGCGUCAACCAGAGAUUAUUAUCUCAGUGUAUGGAGUAUUUUGAUUUAAGGUGCCAGUUAUUAGAUGAUCUGACAACUUCAGAAAUGGAGCAGCUAAGAAUCAGCCCAGCUACCAUGCUUGAAGAUGAGAUUACUUGGCUGGAUAACUUCGAGCCUAAUCGCACAGCUGAGUGUGAGACCAGUGAAGCAGACAACAUCUUACUGGCAGGACAUUUACGGCUCAUUAAGACCCUUCUUUCACUCUGUGGGGCAGAAAAGGAAAUGCUUGGUUCAUCACUCAUUAAGCCAUUAUUAGAUGACUUCCUUUUCCGAGCUUCUAGAAUUAUUUUAAAUAGUCAUUCUCCAGCCGGCAGUGCCGCCAUCAGUCAACAGGACUUUCAUCCAAAGUGUAGUACAGUGAAUAGCCGAUUGGCAGCCUAUGAAGUCCUUGUAAUGUUGGCUGAUAGUUCACCUUCAAAUCUUCAAAUUAUUACGAAAGAACUACUGUCUAUGCAUCAUCAACCUGACCCUGCCCUUACCAAAGAGUUUGAUUACCUUCCCCCAGUGGACAGCAGGUCCAGCUCAGGCUUCGUGGGGCUAAGGAACGGCGGCGCGACUUGUUACAUGAAUGCGGUCUUCCAGCAGCUGUACAUGCAGCCCGGGCUCCCCGAGUCCUUGCUUUCAGUGGAUGAUGACACGGACAAUCCCGAUGAUAGUGUAUUUUACCAAGUGCAGUCUCUCUUUGGGCAUUUGAUGGAAAGCAAGCUGCAGUAUUAUGUACCUGAGAACUUUUGGAAGAUUUUCAAGAUGUGGAACAAAGAACUUUAUGUGAGAGAACAGCAGGAUGCAUAUGAAUUCUUUACUAGUCUCAUCGAUCAGAUGGACGAGUAUCUGAAGAAAAUGGGGAGAGACCAAAUUUUUAAGAAUACUUUUCAGGGCAUCUAUUCUGAUCAGAAGAUUUGUAAAGACUGUCCUCACAGGUACGAGCGUGAGGAGGCGUUCAUGGCCCUCAAUCUCGGGGUGACUUCCUGUCAGAGCCUGGAGAUUUCCCUGGACCAGUUCGUCAGAGGAGAAGUCCUGGAAGGAAGCAACGCGUACUACUGCGAGAAGUGCAAAGAAAAGAGAAUAACAGUGAAAAGGACCUGCAUCAAGUCUUUACCUAGUGUCUUGGUGAUUCACUUAAUGAGAUUUGGAUUUGACUGGGAGAGUGGACGCUCCAUUAAAUAUGAUGAACAAAUAAGGUUUCCCUGGAUGCUGAACAUGGAGCCUUACACAGUUUCGGGAAUGGCUCGCCUGGAUUCAUCUUCUGAAGUUGGUGAAAAUGGGCGAAGUGUGGAUCAGGGAGGGGGAGGAUCCCCAAGAAAAAAAGUUGCCCUUACAGAAAACUACGAGCUGGUGGGUGUCAUCGUACACAGUGGGCAGGCACACGCAGGCCACUACUAUUCCUUCAUUAAAGACAGGCGGGGGUGUGGAAAAGGAAAGUGGUAUAAAUUUAAUGACACAGUGAUAGAAGAAUUUGACCUAAAUGAUGAGACCCUGGAGUAUGAAUGCUUUGGAGGAGAAUAUAGACCAAAAGUUUAUGAUCAAACAAAUCCCUAUACUGAUGUCCGUCGAAGAUACUGGAAUGCCUAUAUGCUCUUCUACCAAAGGGUAUCUGAUCAGAACUCCCCGGUGUUGCCAAAGAAAAGUCGAGUCAGCGUUGUGCGGCAGGAAGCUGAGGAUCUCUCUCUGUCAGCCCCGUCCUCACCAGAAAUCUCACCUCAGUCGUCUCCUCGACCCCAUCGACCUAACAAUGACCGGCUGUCUAUUUUAACCAAGCUGGUUAAAAAAGGCGAGAAGAAAGGACUGUUUGUGGAGAAAAUGCCUGUUCGAAUAUACCAGAUGGUGAGAGAUGAAAACCUCAAGUUUAUGAAGAACAGGGAUGUGUACAGUAGUGAUUAUUUCAGCUUUGUCUUAUCUCUAGCUUCAUUGAAUGCUACUAAAUUAAAGCAUCCAUAUUAUCCUUGGAUGGCAAAAGUGAGCUUACAACUUGCCAUUCAGUUCCUUUUUCAAACUUACCUACGGACAAAGAAAAAACUCAGGGCUGACACUGAAGAAUGGAUUGCUACUAUUGAAGCAUUGCUUUCAAAAAGUUUUGAUGCUUGUCAGUGGCUAGUUGAAUAUUUUAUUAGUUCUGAAGGGCGUGAAUUGAUAAAAAUUUUCUUGUUGGAGUGCAGUGUGAGAGAAGUACGAGUUGCUGUGGCCACAAUUCUGGAAAAAACCCUAGACAGUGCCUUGUUUUAUCAGGAUAAGUUGAAAAGCCUUCAUCAGCUGCUGGAGGUACUGCUCGCUCUGUUGGAUAAAGAUGUCCCGGAAAACUGUAAAAACUGUGCUCAGUACUUCUUCCUUUUCAACAGUUUUGUACAAAAGCAAGGUAUUCGGGCGGGAGAUCUCCUCCUGAGGCACUCAGCUCUGCGACACAUGAUCAGCUUCCUCCUCGGGGCCAGCCGGCAGAACAACCAGAUCCGUCGGUGGAGUUCAGCACAGGCCCGAGAAUUCGGGAAUCUUCACAACACAGUGGCGCUACUUGUUUUGCAUUCGGAUGUCUCUUCCCAAAGGAACGUUGCUCCUGGCGUAUUUAAACAGCGGCCUCCAAUUAGCAUUGCUCCCUCAAGCCCUCUGCUGCCCCUCCACGAGGAGGUAGAAGCCUUGUUGUUCUUGUCUGAAGGGAAACCUUACCUGUUAGAGGUCAUGUUCGCCCUGCGAGAGCUGCCGGGCUCGCUGCUGGCGCUCAUCGAGAUGGUGGUGUACUGCUGCUUCUGCAACGAGCGCUUCUCCUUCACCGUGCUGCACUUCAUCAAGAAUCAGCUAGAAACAGCUCCACCCCACGAGCUAAAGAAUAUGUUCCAGCUACUUCAUGAGAUACUGGUCAUUGAAGAUCCCAUACAAGUAGAGCGAGUCAAGUUUGUGUUUGAGACAGAAAAUGGAUUACUAGCUUUGAUGCACCACAGUAAUCACGUGGACAGCAGUCGCUGCUACCAGUGCGUCAAGUUUCUCGUAACUCUUGCUCAAAAGUGUCCUGCUGCUAAGGAAUACUUCAAGGAGAACUCCCACCACUGGAGCUGGGCUGUACAGUGGCUACAGAAGAAGAUGUCGGAACAUUAUUGGACACCACAGAGCAAUGUCUCUAACGAAACGUCAACUGGAAAAACCUUUCAGCGAACCAUCUCAGCUCAGGACACGUUAGCAUAUGCCACAGCUUUGUUGAAUGAGAAAGAGCAGUCGGGCAGCAGUAACGGGUCGGAGAGCAGUCCUGCCAAUGAGAACGGAGAGAGGCAUUUACAGCAGGGUUCAGAGUCUCCCAUGAUGAUUGGCGAGUUAAGAAGUGACCUUGACGAUGUGGACCCUUAGGGGGCGUGCCCGGCGGCUGUGGAUGCUCAGCACCUUUAGAGACGUUUGGCAGAGCCUGGCGAGUGGACGGGAGGGCUGCGUGACGGAGCAGCGAGCACUUUACCAGCGAGCGGGUGUUCCACGGGCGCUGUCUGGCGGUGGGAGGACGCCGGCCUGCGGAUCCGCUGUCCCAGGGCACAGUCCACACCUGCAUCAACACUUCUGUGACGAUUUUAGGAAAUAAAGUUGGUGGCAGACUUUUGUUACAUGAACAUAAGAGUGAGGGGUAAAGCCGUUGCUUUCUCUCUGAUGCUACAAAAGAAAUCCCUUUGGUUUUUAUAUUUUAAGGGAAAAAAGCAGGCUGCCUUUUGCUAUGUGGGGGCAAAUUUUUAAUCUUGUGGUGACAUUGAGUAGGAAUAUCCCGUUUAAAGUGAUGGGCUCGAGUUCCCUCCCGUGGUAAAAUGCUAGUUGCAGAAUGCAGGUUACACAGACCUCUGUAUUUAAUAUGUCUCCCUGGGGUGUAGAGCUUCCGAAGGGUCUGGAAAAGUCCUGGCCAAAGCUUGGAUCUUGAUCAAAUGUUGCCAGGACCAAAAAUCGGGGAAUUAAUUAAGCUCUUUAAGGUAUUUUUCUGAUAUAAAAGAUUGCAAAGAGCAAUAAAAAAAGAAAAAGCAAACCAUGCCGUGUCCCCCAGAAGCACAGGGUGCACCCUGAUGUCGGGCAUAAAGGUCUGAGGUGUUCCCUAACAGACUUGACAGCAGCAAAGUACAAAGCACUUUAAGGUUUGACUUCAUACAGUUACCUUUAAUGCUUGGAGACAUAUUGAAUAAACUGUAGUCUUAAAUCA